AUGUCUCGUCGGUCGCUGCUGCCAGUGCUGGCGUGCACGCUUCUGGCACCGAUCGCGGUGGCCCAACAGGCGCUCUUCCAACUGACCGGGGAAACCUUCACUCUUGCUGGCAUCCCGUACUUUGCUCCCCCGGCGCCGGUAUCACAGCUCGGUUUCGACGCUCUCCAUGAGAUCGCCAGUCAAUUUGGAACGGACAAUGCUCCAAAGGGGUUGGUCCCGUUCUCGGUGAUGCCAUCCGCAGAGCACGAAUUCGCAAACAGUCACCUCGAGUCGACGCUUCAAACGUGGAGGAUCAAAGAUGACGUUUGGAGUGAAGGUUUCUUGAACGGACUAUACAUUGCCUACAACGGCUCGCAUGGGUCACCCACGUCUCUCGUAACGGAAGACAUGAAAAGUCGAUAUGCAAUGCGCUUCCUUCUGCACUCUGCAAACCAGUCAGUUGGUACGGCACUGAGUAGAGACAUACCUGCCGGGCCCUAUCUUCUUGACUUUUCUAGCGGAAACGUGUUCGAAGUGUAUCGGUUGUACAACGACGAGCAGCAGUCCUUCCUGUAUGGCACAAUCCCCAAUCCAUCCAGCGGUUACAACAUGUUAUCCGCGAAGAUUCCUGGAGCCGCGACUGAGACGAUUGGCGUACCUUCGCGCCUGUACUUCACGCCCACUGCAGAGAAGCCUCUCGCUGGACUCCGGUUCGCCGUAAAGGACAUCUAUGACGUCGAGGGUCUCCGCACCGGCUGCGGCAAUCGUGCAUACUGGGAACUGUACCCUCCGAGAAACCAGACUGCUCCUGCCGUCCAGCGCCUCCUGGAUGGCGGCCUCGUGCUAGUGGGAAAGACGAAGAGCUCGCAGUUUGCUAACGGAGAAGUCGCGACAGAUGACUGGGUCGAUCUCCAUGCCCCGUACAACCCUCGUGGAGAUGGCUACCAGGACGGUAGCAGCUCAUCCACGGGAUCAGGCACUGCUGAGGCGGCCUACCCUUGGCUUGACUAUGCGAUCGGGAGCGACACGGGAGGAUCCAUGCGGGGUCCUGCUGGUGUCAACGGCGUCUUCGGUAACAGACCUUCGCAUGGUGCCGUGUCUCUCGACGACGUCAUGCCCUUGUCACCGCCCCUGGAUACAGCUGGCAUCUUUGCAAGAGACGCGAACAUGUGGGCCACAGUCGGACACUGGUGGUACCAGAAUUUCACGUCGUAUCCUGGCUUCCCGAAGACGCUACUCUUCCCAGUCGACUUCUUUGGCAGCAGCUACUUGACCAAUCCGCCGCCUGCGGGUACGGCCGGUGCGGUCUUCAAUGCAUUCAUAUCUAAGCUGGAAACGUUCCUGGGCAUCACGCGCACAGAGAUGAAUCUCGCCAGCAUGUGGGCCGAAAAUCCAUUAUCCACAGCGCACGGUUCGCUGUCGCACAUGUUGAGCAGUACUUAUCCGACAUUGAUUACAAUGGACCAGAUCCAGCGCGUCGCUGAGCCUUUCAUGGCCGACUACGCCGCGGCCAAUGGUGGUCGCAAACCAUUCAUUGACCCCGCACCGCUUACCCGAUGGGGUUAUGGUUGGUCACUACCCACAGAGGCAUACACUGAAGGGAUCGCAAACAAAACGACGUUCAUGGAUUGGUUCGCGAGUGAGGUGGUAGUUGGGGGAGACCCGACAUCGUGCUCGGAGAGCAUCCUGCUUUACCCUCAAAGCUCCGGUUACACAACGUACCGGAAUGCCUACUCAGGCCCGCCGAGUACCCCUUUCGGCUUUUCCGCCGGACGUGUAGCUGUCCUGGCCGAAACGCCGGAUAUGGUGGUACCGGUCGGAGAAGUUGCGUACAACUCGACGAUUACCGGAAUUGAAGAGUAUCUCCCGGUGACACUGAGUUUCAUCGCCGCGAAAGGCUGUGAUCUGGUGUUAUUCGAUCUCUUCGCUACUUUACAAGACAACGGCAUCAUUCAACCCGUAACCACUGGAUCCAGACUUUACAAUGAAGUGGGGGUCGAGGAGUAG